AUGCCGCCAAAAUCCGUGGUGAGCGCACUGCAACCGCUGCAGCCGGAGAAGUUCACUACAGCACACCAUAUUGGAAAUCCUCCCACCGGCUUCAAGAAUCCCUGGCCGUCAUACAACAGUUCUGGGUUCAUCGGUGCAAUACGUACGCGAUUCAGCACGCCGAAAAAUUUCGUUCCCGUCCCUGUAGAUCGACUUGGCCUUGUCCAAAUUCGCAAACCAGACUUUGGUGUCCAGCAGGACGGUCUGAAGGCAACCUGGAUCGGCCAUGCCAGCUUUCUUAUCGAGACAAGUAGGCGAGAGGGAACUGAAAGAGGAGCGCGUAUACUAAUCGACCCUGUCUGGAGUGAUAGAGUAGGCCCAUACGGCAUGGUUGGCCCAGUGCGAUUCACGCCUCCGCCUUGUUCUGUCGACGACCUGCCUGAUGUCGAUGCCGUUGUCAUCAGCCACGACCACUACGAUCACCUCGACUCGGACACGCUCAAGAAACUGAACGCCAAACAACACGGUGAAUUGCGCUUCUUCUGCGGCCUGGGGGUGAAGGCAGUGUUGACCGGUCUCGGUGUUGGAAUCAAAGCAGACCAGGUCACAGAGCUGGACUGGUGGAACGGCGUCACAUUGCAGACAGAAACGGCGGGCUCCGUUGAUAUGGUGUGUACUCCUGCGCAACACCGCUCAGGCCGCACACCAUGGAACUUUGAUGGAACGCUUUGGUGCUCGUGGAUUGUCAAGGAAUCAGAGGCAGACGGCAAGAAGCUUUUCUUUGCUGGCGAUACGGGCUAUUGCCACGUCACGUCCGACACACAGUUCUCACACCACGAUGCGCCACACCCGCCAUGCCCUGCUUUCAAGCAAGUUGGCGAGCUCUAUGGACCCUUUGAUCUUGCACUGUUACCCAUUGGUUGCUUCAAACCGCGGUCGGUACUGUCUGGUCAACAUUCGAGUCCGGAAGAUUCGUUGGCGAUACACGAAGACGUAAGAAGCAAGAAGAGCAUAGGCAUGCACUACGGCACCCUACGAGGAGCCUACUCUGCAGCUUACGAGCCUGUCCUCGAGCCUCCCGAGCGAUGGAAGAAAGGCGCCGAGGCUGCUGGGUACGAGUGGGGAGUGCAGGUCGGUCUUUGCGAUAUUGGCGAGACAGUCGUAGUGUAA